AUGGCGAUGUUGAGACGCCUCCUACGGCCACAGUCUCUUCCGCGCCGCCCGCUCUGCCACCCUCGGAGCGUCCGCUUUGAAUCCUCCAGCUUCAGCCAUCUGGAGAGCGAGCUCAAAGCCCGCCAAAUCGCGCCCAUCUUCGACGACCUCACCCCGCAAUCCAGCUACCGACUCAAUGUCACCCUCGCCGACUUCCUGCCUGGCGCCACUCCCCCGCCCGUCUUACCGCCCGCAACAGACCCCGCCAUCCUGCCCAUCCCCCACCACCUCAUCUUCUUCGAGCCCACCAAACCCGCGAGUGUGAUGCUGGCGGACGGCACGAACCCCGACCAGAGCCCCGGCGAGCCCUUUGUUCGACGUAUGUGGGCAGGCGGCACCGUGCGAUACAACCAAGCCAAUCCCUUCCUCCUCGACGCCAGCAGAGGCGUAUGCGCCGAGUUCAUCCGCUCCGUCGCCGUCAAGGGCCAGCCGGGCAGGGAGCGGGUCUUUGUCGGCAUUGAGCGCCGACAGGCCAAAGCCACCGACGACGAGUUGGCGCUGUUGAGCUCCGCGCAGAGCGAUGCAAAGGAGAAGGAGACACUGGACCACCGCGUGCGCCAGCGGCUCUGGCGGGACAGCGAUGCCGAUUUCGGGCCGUGCGCCGUCGUGGAAACGCGAAACAUUGUCUUCAUGCGCUCGCGCACAAAGGAGCAGGCAGAGGCGGAGACGAAGAAGGCCAAGGACAAGAUGCUCACGCCGCAGCACACACCCGACUGGAGCUAUACCAUCCAUCCCGACCCCAAGCUGCUCUUCCGCUUCUCGGCGCUGACGUUCAAUGCACACGCCAUCCAUCUCGAUCCGCUGUAUUGCCGAGAAGUGGAAGGUUUCAAGGAUCUCCUCUUCCAUGGACCCUUGAGCUAUACAUUCAUGGUGACGUUGUUACAGCGGGAGUUGAGGAAGAACAGCAACGAAGUGAUACGCCAGGUCGAGUAUCGCAAUCUGGCCCCAUUGUACUGCAACGAGCCGGUAACGUUCUGCGGGGCGAAGACGGGGGAGAGGAAAUGGGAGAUCUGGGCUCAGACGCCCGAAGGCGGCCUCGCUGUAAAGGGAACGGCGACUACGGAGUCGGGGAACAUUGAUCGUGCCAACUUGGGCAUUUAG